GUCCCGUAUCACAGACGACGCAGACUGUAGGAGGAUGUAGCUUGGACGUGGCUAACACAGAAGUACAAGAAAAAAAUACAAUCGCACCGUAAAACUCUAUUCAGGAUCUGUUAUACCAAAUGUUUCUGAAUUCUCUUCUUUUGGAAGGAUGUCAUUAACUUACCAUAAAUGACUUGCUGGUGCUGAAUGGAAAUUUUAAAAGACAUUUGUGACUGAGGAGGCCAGGGGUCCCAGGAAUGUACCAUGGGGUAUGACGUCACCAGAUUUACAGGGGAGGUGGAUGAAGACCUCCUGUGCCCGAUCUGUAGUGGCGUUCUAGAGGAGCCAGUCCAGGCUCCUCACUGUGAACAUGCCUUCUGUAAUGCCUGCAUCACUCAGUGGUUUGCCCAGCAGCAGAUUUGCCCGGUGGACCGCACAGUUGUGACCCUCGCUCACCUCCGGCCUGUCCCCAGGAUCAUGAGAAACAUGCUCUCCAAACUCCAGAUCAACUGUGACAAUGCCAGCUUUGGCUGCACGGCAACGCUCCGCCUAGAUCAGCUGCAGUCUCACCUCAAAGAUUGUGAACAUAACCCCAAACGACCCGUCACCUGUGAAGAGGGCUGUGGUCUUGAAAUGCCCAAAGAUGAAGUCCCCAAUCAUAACUGUAUCAAACAUUUGAGGAGCGUCGUGCAGCAGCAACAAACCAAGAUUUCAGAGCUGGAAAAAACUGUGGCAGAACAUAAGCACCAGCUGGGAGAACAGAAACGGGACAUUCAGCUGCUAAAAGCGUACAUGAGGGCAAUACGGAGCGCCAACCCAAACCUGCAGAACCUGGAGGAGAGCAUUGAGUAUAAUGAGAUUUUGGAAUGGGUAAACUCCAUGCAGCCGGCGCGCGUGACCCGUUGGGGGGGCAUGAUCUCAACUCCGGACGCCGUGCUUCAGGCAGUCAUCAAACGCUCGCUCAUCGACAGUGGCUGCCCCCUCUCCAUUGUCAACGACCUCAUCGAGAACGCCCACGAGAGGAACUGGCCUCAGGGACUGGCCACGCUUGAGACGCGGCAAAUGAACAGGCGUUACUACGAGAACUACGUCGCCAAGCGGAUCCCCGGGAAACAGGCUGUCGUGGUGAUGGCCUGCGAAAACCAACAUAUGGGAGAGGAUAUGAUUCUGGAGCCCGGCCUGGUCAUGAUUUUUGCACUCGGUGUGGAGGAGAUUUUAUAACUGUAAAUCUGCAAAUGUCUUACUCGGGACAGUGUCUGAGUAGAGUAACAAAAACGCAAAAACUGACAAGCAAAUCUGACUUUUUCAAAUGGAAAUGCAAACACAAGGAGGUAUAGUAUAAGCUUGAUACUGAUAAUAAUGGCUGGCCUGUCACGAUAACAAUAUAUCACAUUUCAAAAUGUAUUAAGAAAAUUAAGAUGAUAAGUGAAAUAGGGAUGCACCAGUCCAACUUUUUCUGUUCCAGUGUCGAUACUUUGGCUUUAAGUAUUUGCCGAGACUGAUGUAUUUCUUAUAAACAAAAGCGAGGUUAUCAUAGUAAAGUAAAUACAAAACUGUUUUGAAAAAAAAUACAAGUUUAUUGUAAGUCGACAUUUUGACCCAACACCAAUUACAUCAAUUUAUGGACCAAAACGGGACAUCUGCUAUUGGAACUGAUAUUGUGGAACAGACAUUCAAUCCAUGGGAAAAAAUCUAUAUCUGCACUGAUAUCCAAUACCAGUAUUGUAUCUGUGCAUCCUUAAAGCGUCAGUAUUAACACAAAUGUACUGUAUAUGUCACUGAGACAUUUUCUGGGUUUCAGAUGACAUCACAACAUUGUAUAGGGCAAUUAUUUAACACAGAUGGGGGGCAGCUCAAAUUGAAUAUUGUCAAAAAAUAUAUUUGUUUUCAGUUUUUUCUUGUAAUACACUGACUGUAUUGGUCUAGUAAAAAAUGUGAAAUUAUCAUUUUUAACAUUGUGAAUUUACCUUGGGGAUAUUUGAUGCAAAGUAAAAUGUUAACAAUGGGAAGACUGUUUCUUGCCCCCAUCUGGGAGUAUGACAUUCACAUCGCCAUAUAUAAGAAUCUGAAAUCCACCCAUAACCCAAAAGCAGGAUUAUCCUAAAAAAAAACUAUUCUAAAUGUAGAAUAUCAUUUCAAAACAUGAGCUGAUAUAGACAGCUGAAAUAGAAGAAAUUAAACAUUUACCAGCAAGUAGUUAGUUUAGUUUGGUUUGUACCUUCAGUUUAUUCAGAUCUCUGCAUUUUAAAUCUUAUUGUAAUACAUAAAAAUAACCAAAAUGUCCUUUCUAGUACAAAGAAAAAGUACCCAUGAUAAAUACUGACCCGUAAAAACAUUGUUCCCUCUGUCAUUUAUUGACGUUAUAAUAAUUAUCGUGACAGGCCGAGAUCGAGUUGUACCUGAUCUUUGCACAUGAUCUGGUGGUAAUUUUAUAAUCGUAAAUCUGCUAAUGUUUUACUUAGGGAGAAGCCUGAGCAAAACCAUAACAAACCAGUUUCACACUAACCUUACUUGCAUAUACUGUACAUGAGCAGAAAACACUAUAUGAUAAUAGCAUUUUGAAGAAUACAGCAGUUUCUAUACUUCUUUAGAAAGCUUUUGUUGAAUUACAGUCAGGUUAAUGCAUGCUUCCAGCCAUGGAGGCCACCUUAACUAUAAAGACCAAGGGGAACAUGCAGAAGCGCUAGUCCAAGCUUGAUACCGAUGCCUUAUAACAUACACAGAAUAGGUUUUGUUCACUACAGUUGUAAUCAUUCCUGAAGCAGGGCAGGGUCUAGACUCAAUUGACUUGUUUUAUAUCUAUUUAUAAGAAUAUUCCUAAUACUUUUUGUUGUGAAUUGGAUCCACACAUUUCCCAAAUUAGUCUGUCUUAAUGGUGCAGCAUGUAAUAUUUCUAGUGGAGAGUCAGCCACCUGCUUGUCUCCAUGGAUAUCCUAUUGCUUUGCCAGAAAAGUCCCAUAGUAUGGCGUUAAACUUGUAUAUCUUCCAGUUGUGUUAUUAUUACCAAAGAAUUCUUGGCUCUUUGGCAUCACUUGCUUGUCUUCAUGGAGAUUAAUGCCAUACUGUGCAAUAUUUCUGACAAAACAAUAACUUCCAAACUUGGAUAUUGAAGUUUUUAUGGACCCUCCACCAGUAAAUUUACACUGCAAGUCUGUGAAUAAUCUUACUGUUUGAUGUCUGCUCCCCUGCCUUCAUUAUAAAGUACUGGCUCAUUCGAAUGUUGCAGUGUCAAGUGAACCCAAUCUAUAGACAGCAAGAUGGAUUUGAUCGAUUUAAAAACAGGCCUUUACAAUGUUUUUAGUGCAUUAUCUUAUCUGAUUGUUCUGCUCCAAAUACAGACCGUAACAAAACGCAGUCACACCUCUUCUCAGAUCCCUAAUUGUGUAAAUUAUUGUAAAUAGAAAUACUAUAUUGAAUUCUAACAUUCAAGAUUCAUCUCGCUGUUAAGUGUGAUUUUGAAAUGAUUGAUUCUUAAAAAUAAGGUGCAGUGUUUAACUUUUUUUCCUGGGGCAUCUGCUACCUGCUUGUCUCCAUGGAGAUGAUAUGUUUUGCCUGGAAGUUCUGGUAUGGCAUUAAACAUAUGGAUCUUACAUUUAUUCAGGUACUUAAAAUACCUUUAACAUUCAUUCUUUCUGUGAGUGGGGUCACCUCGCCACCCGUAACUUGGCCUUGUGAUAGUUUUGUUUAAAGCCUACUGCAGAACAUUACAGGAAGGGAAAUAACAUCUCCAUGGAGACAAGCGAGUGAUGGACCCACCACCAGAAAAGUUACACAGUGUACUUCUAAUUCAGUCUGUGUUACUCUGCUGAAAAGUUUACUUAGUUCGAGAUUUUUUGUGUAAAUUUCACACGACUUCCUGCUUCGUUUUAGAUUGUCUGAACCUUCUGUGCCAUUUAUUUGUAUUUAUUGUGUUGCCUUUUAUGGAAAGUCGUGUUAAAUGCUUGAAAAUGUCACAGUUCGAUGUAUAGAAAAUGCCUCUAAAAUGUGCAUUCUAAGUCUAUGGGGCUGAUGAAAAAUGUGAUUGUCAGUUUGUUUUUCUGUUGUGAAGAUUUUGCUUAUGUUCAUCCAUCAUUACAUAUCAACCAUUAUUAAUACAGUUUUAUGCUAUGCUAUCUCUUUACACAGCUAUAGAAGAAACACAUAAACAUUUUCUGUUAUGACUUUCAACAGAUAUAAUAUUCCACCAUAACCCAUGUAUAGUAAUAGACAGGUAAGAGCGUACAGUAAUCAUCUGGAUAAAAGCCUUCAAAUCAUUAAAUGAAUAUGUUUGCAUUGUGUCCUUUGUUGACGCUCUCCAGGUAAAGUUUUCAUUUGUUUUGUGUCUGUUAAUAUGUGAAGGAAUAAAAUGCUCAAAUGUUAAUCAAAAUCUA